AUGGAUUCAUUCAGUCCAGAUCUACAUCGGACAAAGAACAUCUUAAAUCUGCCUCCAGAGAUUCUUCGAAUGGUUUUCGCUUAUCUUGGAGACAACGAGUAUAAGCAGUCUAUCAGUCUUACAUGCUUUGAAUUUUAUAGUCUAGCAUUGCAAUCUCGCUACGAAAGUAUUUCCAUAGAAUUUGAUGUCCGUGGCUUUAAAUGGAAACCCUACGCUUCAUCACUUUUGCUAGAAUCUGUUAGAGGUCAAGAGCGAUAUCCUAAGGCUCUCAAAUUCAUCCCUUCUCAAGCCUUUGAGGAAAAAAGGAAAGAUUCGAAAUACACGGUCAAGGAUUUGAAAAGGAACUUUGCGAGGCGGGGAAACAUUUGCUUUGAUGCUGUUCAGAACCCCCAAUUCUGCCUUGACUAUACACAAAGGCGCGGCGCGGCAAAAGGAAUCUUCGACGAUUCCUUCGCUGGACUGGCUUUUGAGGUUCUCAAGCAGUUCCCAAACCUGGUGAAUCUUACAAUCCCUAUUACCCAUGCAAUUCUCACGCGGAAAGUUCGAAUUGGAAAGACUAGGAAUGCUAGAAAGAACAGAGAGAAAAACGGCAUCUUAGUGACCUCCAAAUUAAGAUACCUCUGCUGCCUGAUAUCCUUGCCUCGAAAAGAGUUCUCCACCGUCUGGGAGCUGAUCAGAUUGAACUCAAAUACCUUGAAAUGUUUACGGAUUUUCUUCCUAUUUUGGUCGCCCGAAAUCUGUGCCCUUAGCGGUGAGAUCAAGGUUCCAUAUUUAUUAACUCUAGACGAAUAUCUUUCCAAAUUGUCAACACUGUUCACUAUCCGCGAAUAUUUUCCUCCCGGCAUGCAACCUACUAAGCUCAGUCUGAAAGCUCUCCAGUUUGAAUCUUUCCCGUAUUGUGGGUCGCUUCAAUGCUCGAAUAUUUUUAGGCCAGAAGUACUUGAGGUGUUAAGUCUAGUAUACUGCCAUGACGCAUAUGCAAUGCUCUGCGAUACAUCUGUGAAGUUUGUAAGCUUAAGAUGCCUACAAGUUGUGGAGAUCAAAAGCGAUAUAUCAAUGCUUGAAAGAGCAUUGAGCCAACUGCGCCCUUUGGAAUCUUUAUAUAUCUCAAUCAUACAAAAGGAUGAAGAGUUCGAUUAUAGGUGCCUCGAAAAACACAAGGGUAGCAUAAAGCGGUUAGCUUUUUUAACCGGGGAAAAAGCCAUCUCGCGAGGAGACUCUCAUUUGAAGCUUCGAUCUUUAAGCCCCCGGACCGUUAAACCUGACUUCAGAGAGUGGCAGAAGCUCGAAGAGCUGACCUUUCACUGUGGUGAGCCCCUAGUACGUCAAUCCCGCCACCCACUCCUCAUUAUUUAA